CAGGCAGGCACGAGGAGAGCUGCACAAGGCUGGAAGGAGAGCAGAAAAGGGAAAAGGGAAGGGAGCAUAAAUGGAGUGAGAAAGGGAUGGGAAGAAGGAGAGAGAGAGGGACAGAGAGUUACAGAAAACAGAAAGAGAUAAAGAGGGAAGGAGAGAGGGCCGGCUGGUGAAGGAGAGAGGUGAGGAGGGAUGUCACUAUCCAGAACCAACCUCACGUCUGCAGGGUGAGUGAAUGGAUCGACAGGAACGAAAGAUUCACUUUGGAAUUUUCUCUCCAUCUCUGCUUUCGCAUUUUUCAAUAUCUCCACGGAGUUUUCGAUAACGUAGAGAGGAGGAUUUUGAUUUGAGAAGGAAGGACAAGGACCACGAGCUGAAUACGUCGGAUACGCAAGCCAGGGCAGUACGAUACGGAGAGCAGACUGUCACCAGUGUAGCUGGCUCACCCUCUCCAUACAGAAGGUGAAUCCAAAGAAACACUAGACACCGAGACAGAUUGGCACCCAGCAGAUCACAGGGGUCGCCCAUCAGCAUUGAAUUCAACUUCGGCAUUCCAGCUCCAGAUCUUCCCUUUGGGUUCACUCCCGAAGCCUCCCCUACGACUGAGCACAGCCACAAGGCAGCAGAGGUCUGAGAUCAGAGAUUGCCUUCUCCUGGAUGAGCUGCCAACCACGGUUCACCAACCCCAUCUGCCCAGUGUGAUUGGCUUUAAGCUGGGGCAGAGUUCCCACCUCCCACCACUGAUGGACAACGAGACCUCAACUGCAACCGACUCGAACUUCACCACUUCCAUACACAGCACCAGAUCAGCCGAAGCUGGUUCUGGGCCCACACAGGCCUCAUUAAUUUGGCUGAUCCUGGUGCUGCUCCUGGUGUCCGUGGCACUGUUCCUCUUCCUCCUCAUCUGCCUCCUGAGGGCCUGUACUGUUCUAUGUUCUCUGGGCCACAGGAAGAGGAAGGCCAGGAAAUGGAAGCAGUCCAGAGUGAGAGAAAGGCAGCAGAGGGUGAGCUCGCAGGCUGGACACAUGAUGGUGAAGGUGCUGCCGUCUCCCAAGCAGCCGGCUCUUGGACAAGGACCCAGUCAUCCGUUAAACAUCACAUGGUUACCAGCGAGAGGGCCGAGCCUGCAGCCAGUGCACUUCACCAUCCGUGACCUGUCUCUGCUCGAGGUUCUGAAGGUGGGCCAGCAGGGCCGCUUCUACCGGGCCAAGAUCACCAGGGGCAACUGCAAGGGUCACCGGCUUGUCACCUGUAAACUCACGAUGAGAACCGUGUCGCAGAAGAAGAUGAAGGCGGAGAUCAGCAUCAUGAAGAAACUUGGAUACCACAAGAACGUGAUCCAGCUGUUGGAGUGGAACAUUCUGGAAGAGCCCUACAUUCUGAUAAUGGAGCAUGUGGGCUCCCAGAACCUGAAGAGCUUCCUGCAGAUGAACAGGGAGCAGCUUUCCGGCCGCAAGGACCUCCUGUCCCAGCUGACUCUGGCGGGAUACUUCAUCUCACUGGGCAUGCAGCACAUUGCCUCAAAGAAGAUCGCCCACCGGGACUUGGCUGCCCGAAACAUCCUGGUGGGGCGCUUUCCCCAGGAGUGUAAGAUUGCAGAGUUCAGUCUGGCCACUGACUGUUCUGAUCCUCUGGUCAAGCUGCAGAAGAAGGGGAGCGGGAAUUUCAGCAUCCCGUUCCGUUGGUACCCCCCGGAAUACUUCACGGACGGGAUUUACAAUCUGCAGGGAGACGUCUGGGCCUAUGGAAUUCUGCUCUGGGAGCUCUAUAGUCUGGGGAGCUCCCCCUACCCGGAGUUUGAGACAGCCAAGGAAGUGGUGUACAAUAUCUGUUCAGGGUACAAGAUGAAAGCCCCCCGGCAGUGCCGACAUGAGGUGUAUGAGGUGAUGGGCUACUGCUGGACAGAUAGACAUGAGGAGCGGCCUCCAUUCAGUGACAUCAGCAAGUACCUGGAGGAUCUGGUGGAGAACGAUGCAGAUUACAUCCAAGUGGAGGAGUGCUUCGAGCCGUCGACACAGCUGAACACCGACCCUCCCUGGAGUCUGCCUCACCCCCACCGCACGGAGACACCCAUCAUGGGAUGGUUAGAUUCGGUCUGAUGUAGGCCUGGAGCUUCCUCUCACCCACCCAUCCCCAGCCCUGCCUACGUGAGGUCCCAACCUUGACCCACACCUGUGACCAGCAGUACUUGGAGUGUUCACAGCCCCACAGAAUCACCAACAUUUGUCAUGAAAUGUGUUGCUUUGUGGCAGCAGUACAGUGCAAAAUAUAAAAAACUAUAAAUUUCAAUAAGUAUAUUAAAAUAUAUUGUGCAAAAAGAGACCCAAAAUAGUGAUGUAAUAGUCAUAGAAUCGUGGACCUUUCAGAAAUCUGAUGGCAGAGGGGAAGAAGCUGUUCCUAAAGCAUUGAGUGUGGGUCUUCAGGAUCUUACGCAUCAGGGGUUCCCAACCUGGAGUCCACGGACCCCUUGCUCCAUGGCAUGGCCUGGUUGGAAAUCCCUGCUGGUCAUCCUCGCUGAUGGUGAUAAGGAGAAAAGGGCAUGGCCUGGGUGGUGAGAGUCCCCAAGAAUGGAUGCCACCUUUUUGAGGCGUCACCUUUGUAAAGGUCCUCGAUGCUGGGAGGCUGGUGCCCAUGAUGCAGCUGGCUGAGUCUACAACCGACUGCAGCAUUCUCCAAUCCUGUGCGUUGUUGGCUCCAUAGCAGACGGCAAUUUAACCAGUUAGAGUGCUCUCCAUGGUAUAUCUGCAGAAAAUUGCUAGAGUCUCCUCAAACCUGGUGACUGACUACAGUGGAGACCUGUGUCCACAUGCAGGGAGGCUGAGCUUGCAACCUCAAUAUUGCCAGCUGUGCCCACAGAUGGGCGGCGCUGUGGCAUAGUGGUUGGCAUAAUGCAGUGCCAGCGAUCACCAAUCGGGGUGCAGUCUGUCAGGAGUUUGUACAUUCUCCCUGAGAGCACGUAGGUUUCCUCUGGGUGCUCUGGUUUCCUCCCACAUUCCAUUGGUUCGGGUUGUGGGCGUCCAGUGUUGGCAUAGGAGAUGUGGCCACACUUGUCGGAUGCCCCGGACUAUGAUGGUUGUUCACACAAAUGAUGCCUUUUCAUUAUGUGUUUUAAUGUUUAAAUGUGAUAAAUAAAGAUGAUCUUUAAAUCUUUAAUCUUGGUGGCUGGGUGCUGUCCCUUGCACUGGGUUACCUGGGCAGUGGAAGGUGCCCAGGCGGGUGAGAUGUUGAUGGUGUUCCUGCUCGGUGUGGGGCUGGUGUUUGGUUCCAGAUGGGCUGCGUGUGAAAGGAUGUUCUUACUGUAUAUAAAACUGGGUGUCCUGGAAGUGACCCUGCACCUCUGCCUGACAGUGUUAAUGUUACUGCUGCAGAAACAACAAUGUGAUCAGACAGAAAUUACAAUGCCUGCACAGAAGUAUGCCUAGCUCAGUGAUCAUAUCAGUCUCGUCAUCCACUCCUUACUCCCCUUUAUUUCUGCAACAUUCUCUUUCACACUUGUCCAUCAGCUCCCCUCCCCAUCCAUUCUCUGUACUAAGGGUCAAUUACUUACUCAUCCACCUGGUCAGGCACCUCCACCUCCACCCUCAGCCAUACACACGUAUACCACCAAAUGAGGGAAUGUUCCUCCAGGCCAAGGUGCACAACACAGUACAUAUAGCUCACACACAACUGUACAUGCACAUACAGGUGCCCCCAGCUUUACAAAUGUUUGUUUUACGCCACUUCACUUUUACAAAUGACCUACAUUAGUAACCUGUUUCACAUUAGAUUUUAAUAAAAUUUUUCCCAUAUAAAUUAAUGGUUCUUUGCUGUACAUUAUAUCAGCUUAAGAAAGGUUUCAUAGGAAUGCUCUGCCUUUGUAUAGGUGAGGGGCACCUACUACCAAAUGAGGGAAUGUUCCUCCAGACCAAGGUGCACAACACAGUACAUAUAGCUCACACACAUAACCCAUGAACACUACCUCACUAUUUUAUUAUGUAUUGCUGCCACAAAACAACAAAUGCCGGUGACAUUAAACCUGAUUCUGAUACAACGCAAGUAGUUUUGUACUGUUUACUUUUCUACUUGUAUCAUAAAUGCACCUCAAUAGUUGAUAAUUUAUUUGUGGUAAUAUUAUUAUAAACAGUUGUGAGUCCAGCUCUGACCCCUGCAGCACACCACUCACCCGAUUGCCAACCAGAGUAACUACCAUGCAUCCCAAUUCUCCACUUUCUAUUGGUUAACCAAUCCUCUAUCCAUGCCUGAAGCCAAUCCUGAAAUGUUGGGUAUGUGCCUUCAGGCUCCUGUACCUCCAUCUUGAUGGUAGCAAUGAGAAGAGGCCAUGUCCUGGGUGAUGGGGGUCCUUAAUGAUGGAAGCUGCCCUUUAAGGAUUUUUGUCAUUGAAAAUAAAAUCAAAAAAUCAAACUGUGUAUUUCUGUGGGUACACUGUCUGCAACUCCAACUCCAAAUUGAAAUCUGAGGCCGAAGCUGCAUCCACUGUGUCCUGGCGUUAGAGGAGUGAGUGAGUGAGUGAGUGUGUGUGAGAGGGAGAGAGAAAUGGGUUUGUUUUGCUGUUGUUUUGUUCUGAACUGUUUUGUUGUGUUCUGUGUUGUUCUGCUGAGCAUUGUGGGUGUGCUAUGUUGGCGCUGGAAUGCAGGCUGCCCCCCGCACACCUUUGGGUGCGUUGGUUGUUCAUCCAAACAAUGUCUUUCUCUCUAUGCUUUGAUGUACACAUGAUAAGUAAACAUGAAUCUUGAGAAAACACUGGAGACUUUCAGCAAGUCAGAUUGUGUCUGGUGAAAGAGUUGAGAUUUCAGGUUAAAACCCCUUCAUCAGGACUGAGAGAGAUACAUCAGCUGGUGAGGAAGGCAAAUGCAAAUUCAGUUCGAGAAGGCUAGAAUAUAAAAGCAAGGAUGUAAUGCUGGGGCAUUGGUCAGAUCACACAGAGUACUGAGAGUAGUUUUGGGCCCGUUAUCUAAGAAAGGAUGUGCUUGUAUUGGAGAGGGUUCAGAGGGCGUGCCAGAGAAUGAUUCCAGGAAUGAAAGGGUUAACAUGUGAGGAGCAUUUAAUGGCUCUGGUCCUGUACUCACUGGAGUUCAGAACAGUGGGUGAGGGUGGAGGGGGAAUCUCAUUGAAACCUGUCAAAUAUUGAAAGAUCUGGAUGUGGAGAGGAUGUUUCCAAUUGUGGGGAGUCCAGGACCAGGGGCACAGC